AUGUCUACUCGAUUUCAUCCUAUAUGUUCAAGUUGGUUUGUCUCCGAUGACUGGAUCAAUCUUUUGUUUGAUCCGGACAUUAGCUAUUUCUUCCAACUAGAUUUUCGUUCAUCGGCCACAGGCCAAUUUCAAAUGCUUUCCUCACUCUGUUCAUUUGUCAAACAGUCUGUACGUGAUUCAAUUGAUGAUUUUCUUUCCGACACUUUCUUCAGUCCACAACUAGUUACGCAACAGUUAAUGGAUGCUCAGGUUCAAUCUGAAACUUUAUUUUUACGAACAUCAACCGUUAAUUCUGUGCGUCAAGUUUUAAGUUUUAUACGUAGUGCUACACAUAACAAUCAAUUACAAUCAGCAUUGCAAACAUCAAAAAGUCUUUCGAUAAUCGUCAGAAGCGAUGGUACAGCAGUUAUUAAUGCCAUGAGUAGCAUUUUCUUCGAUCAUAAUGCUACAUUAUGCUCCUGCGGCAUCACAUCCACCUGCUCAUCAUCAUCUGGUAUCUUCAAUAUGUGGACCUACGUCAACAACGGAAAUUUUACAUUGCCAAUACUGCCAGUGGUAAAUGUGACAGGUUUCGUAACUGGUUGCUAUGCCAUCGAAGCUUUGCUUCAGUCGACACUCGACUGUUUCUUCAAUCGAACAUGUCUUGAAAUAGUGCUCGCAUUCUUUUCGUUUCAUAAUAUUACCACAAUUAAUACUCUUAAUAUUGCUCAAACAAGAUUCUCACCGAGGACAACUAUCGAAACAAUAUUGAAUGAUUUGUUUAUUGAACAAUGGAAUACAAUGAGCUCAUUCGAGGACUAUUUCGUUAAAUGUGCUCCCUUUGCUUGUACAUAUUCAUCCACACAGCAGAACAAUUUUUUAUAUAUAUUGACGAAAUUAUUGGGUCUCUAUGGUGGACUUACUGUUUUUCUUCGGAUCUGCGUACCAUUUAUCGUAGCUUGGUGGAUGAGCCGAAUCAAUGCUCCAACAGAAUCUGAUCAAUGUAAGGUUCACUACAUUAUACUAAGUACUGUUAAUAAUCACUUCUAA